UCAGCUGCACUACUCUGCCCUGACCUUUGGAUAGAACGGAGCUCUGACUUCUGACAGUCGCAAAGUAAACAUGGACAUCCACAGAGUUUCGAACCACAACCAAAUGGAUUAUAACCUCGACAACAUGGAGCCCAAACACGGGAAAAUGCUGCCUUGCCAAGAGGACCGUUUAGACAGCGGCCUGGACUCCCUGAAGGAGGACGAUCUGGUGAGCGACUUCGAGGAGAUGAACGUGAACUCAAGCGAGGAGCACACACAGGAAUAUGAGCCUUGGAGAACUGCAGUGACCGAGGAUGGUGACACGCUACUCCACUUGGCCAUCAUUCAUGAAGCCACAGAACAUGCCUUUCAGAUGAUCAUUUCCUCUCACAAGCACCCCUUCCUCAACGCACAGAACCACCAGAGACAGACUGCCCUCCACCUGGCUGUGAUCACAGAGCAGCCCCAGUUAGUUGAGCGGCUCCUGAAGGCCGGCAGUGACCCGCGUCUGGCCGACGACAGCGGCAACACUGCUCUCCACAUCGCCUGCAAGAGGGGCUCCCUCGCCUGCUUCGGCGUCAUCACUCAGAACUGCCAACGCCAAAUCACCUCUAUGGUGUCCUACCCCAACUACAGUGGACAUAACUGUCUCCACAUGGCGUCCAUUAAUGGCUACAUUUCAUUGGUCGAAAGCCUUGUUCAACUGGGUGCAGACAUCAAUGCACAGGAACAGUGCAGUGGACGUACGUCGCUCCAUCUGGCCGUGGACCUCCAGAACCCCACACUGGUCCGUCGCCUCCUCGAGCUUGGCGCCGACGUUAACUGCUCGAACUAUGGCGGCUUCACGCCAUACCACCUCACAUACGGACGUCAGAAUGAAGAGAUCCGCAGCCAGCUGUACGAGAAAACAGCGCAGGAGCUGAGGGAGCUGCCUGAGAGCGAAUCAGAAGGGAGCGAUAUGGAGGAUCUGGACUCAUCGGAAGAUGAGCUUUACGAUGACAUAAAGUUUGGAAAGUAAACGUCCUCUCCACCGGUGGUGUAAACAGUGAAGCUGCUACUGGGUUGCCCAGCCACGGCCCCCCCCCCCCAAAACGAGGGACUAAUCAGUCCACGUCCUCCGUACAGGUCCAAGCCCACAGGUGCUGGUCCUGGAAUCAGAAGAACAUGGAUAAAGAUGGCGUCCAGUCUGGUCAAGCCCGGUCCAGAUCUCAGAAUGAUCUGCCCCAAAAUACAGCAAGACCACGACCUCCAUAUGCUCGAUGCUGUAUAAAUAUAUACUGAUGUGAAUAUACCAGACGUGUAAUAUAUUGUAAAUACAGAGAUAUUAUUUUUGUACCUGUACAUAUUGUGUGAAUUUAAACUCUAUUAACAAAAAAUUGUUCCAAAUAAAAAAGAUGAAUAUAAA